UCCGGCUGGCCGCCAACGGGCGGGAAAGGCGGGAGAAAGAGCGAAGGCGACGAUGGCGCUGCUCUUCUCCGCCCUCCGCGUGCUGCUGGGCCUUUUCUUCGCCGUCAGCGGGGCGGUCAAGCUCACCGACCUGAUCGCCGGCGACGCCCACCGGCAGCUGAAAACCCAGUUUGAAAAAUUUGCAGAUGUGUUCCCGUUGAAGGAGUUUGGCUACAAGCCGGAACCAGAAUGGUACAUGGAAAUAGUGGGCUGGAUAGAACUGAUAGGAGGUUUCCUUUUAGCCUUCGGACCGCAACUGCUGCAGGAAAUCAGCAAUUUUGUGCUCACCGUGAUCAUGAUAGGUGCCAUCUACACCCUCCUGGUUUUGAAAGAGCCUUUUGCCAUGUGCGUACCAGCCACUGUCUCCCUGGGCCUCUUGCUCCUCCUUAACAUCCGUGGAAGAGGGAAGUGUGUGAAGUCAAAGUCCGAAUGAGGCAAGGAGAAGGAGAUCUGGAGAGAUGGGAAGGAUCCAAAAUGAAGCUUUUGGAAGGACAGACAACUUGUGUUUCCCCGACUAAUCAGAUCAUGUGGACUUUACAGUGUGUAAUCCAGAAAGGGGGUUAAAUCUUCACGGUCAUGGCCUAUUUUGGGUCCUGUCUUAACUGCCCAUUUUGUCAGGUUUCCAUCCCUCUUUAGACUGGAUUGGAGAUCUUGUCUUCUCUGCAAAAACAGUUGCUCUUUCUUUGGUCAGUGGAUCCUUCUUGUGUCCAAGCAAGGAGAUAACAUGGAACAGAAGAAAAUACUACAUUACAAAGGGGCUGAGAAUGCGGGUUGUGUGGGAUUGUGGUUGGUCACCAAAGACUAUUGUUGAGGGUAAAAGAGACCUCGGAAUUCUGCAGAAUGAUAUAAUCAAAGGGCUCAGAUAGAUCUUGCAUCAGUUGCAUAUUGUAAUGCUUCAUUUCUGGAUUUUAUUCAACCCAUCUUGACCUGAUCUAGAUUAGGACAUGUUUGUUGGUUGAGGAAGUCUAGGUUAAUCAUGAUUCCUCAUACCUUGCCAAAAAACUAAAUUUAAUUCCAUUUACCCACUUUUUUAAAAAAAUCAUUUGUAUCAAGCAAAGGUGCUUUUUAUCAUUCCGGUUUUGUUAAUUGAUCAUGAAUUAGAUGAAAUAAAAGUAAAGGGGAUGAAUAGA